AUGAACAACUCCACUCAAUUGUUCCAGUCUUCCUCAGCUACUUCUCAGAAGAAGCUCUGUUUAUUCCAAGAAGAUGUGUAUCUUGGACAAGACCCCUUCGCCCACUGGGAUGACCACGAAAUUGAAUACUCAGAGAGCUUGAUCCCGUCAUCUGAAAACACUCCUGUCUUAUCUGAGGAUGAAAUUCAGGGGAUCUGUGGUUUCCAGCAUGAUGCCAAUUCGUAUCCUUCUCGGGCCGUAGAGGUCAAGCUAGCCCAGCCUUUUGUAAACUUAACUGGGAAUGAAGUUCAAAAAUCUAAAAUUUCUAAUUUACCAGAAUUAGCUAAGGCAGAAGAGAGCGAGACUCCUCAGGAUGGAUCACGAGAAAAUGUCAGCUCUAGAGAAAACACCUACACGCCUGGAGAACACUCUGCUAGACCCGAUGUGGUCUGAAAAACAAUCGUCAGAGGCGUCAAGAGGUACUUCUGUCAGUUGCUCUGAAACGGGAAUCCUCUCAUUCAAACUUUAACUUGAGAUGAAGGAGUAGAAGUUCUUCGAAAAAUUGAUGAGUACUGAGAUGUAAACUUCAAGCCAAACUCAGAAUUCACUGAUGGUUUUGAAAUUCUUUCUAUAAAUCAACUGCUACAAUCUAAGGAGUACCACAAAAGCUCUGAACUGACUGCUGAGUUGCAGAUGUACUACCGAGUGAAGAUCUUGCUUGCCUGCAUGGUUUUGAACAUUCCUUUGCGUAAGAAGUUUGCGAUUCCAUAUGUAAAGACAGCCUUCAACCUGUUCUACAACUGCAUCUACAAAUACUCUAAGAAGAAACUUAUCAAAUUGCUGAAGUUCAAGCCCUUUGCAGUCAUCUUCGAGCAAUUUGUCAGCGAAGGCCAGAUGGAGAGAAUGCUAGAGAAUGACGUCACUUUCUCAUCAAACCUGGAGGCCUAUCAAGAGAACUUUCAGGACUUGUUGACCAUCGUGAGAGCCUAGUUCCCCCAACUAAUAACUUAAUUUACUAACAUUUUU